CCAGAAUUCAAUCCCGUUAAUCAAAUUUUGUUUUCCGACUGUGAAACCCUAGCUUUUCAGAGCUCUAAACGACAGCGUUUGGGAUUCAGUAAUUUGAUCAAAAGCAGUUAAAAUUAGGGCAUGAAAAUGGCGUUGGACGAGAGUAAAUUUGACUUGCAUUUGAAAUUGUGGGCAAUUCGAGUUCCUCGGGAGCAUUGCAAGCUCGCCACUCGGGUUCUCAACGGAUACAUGCUUGAUAGGCCCCGGGUUAAGCCAAUAACUGAAGAUCCAACCAGUGAUAAAACCCGGUAUUUGAUACUCUCCGAAAAUAUCCAAAAUCCUGAUUUGUCUGAUAUUCCUGAUGAAAAACUUGCUGAAUUGAAAUCCCUGUUCGAAGUUGAAGUAGUUCCAUAUUCAGUUACACUUGGAUAUUCUUACUGGACAGCAGAUCAUAUACUGAAGCAGAUUCUGCCUUCUGGAGUGGAAGCACCCUCAUCAUUUGAGACAAUAGGUCAUGUUGCCCAUCUGAAUAUAAGUGAUGAGCUUCUUCCUUACAAGGAUGUUAUUGCAAAAGUCAUCUAUGAUAAAAAUUAUCCCAGAAUCCAGACCGUUGUAAACAAGGUUGGAACCAUCACCAAUGAGUUUCGUGUGCCAAAAUUUGAAGUACUUGCUGGCAAAGAUGAUAUGGAAACUGAAGUCAAGCAAUAUGGAGCAAUUUUCAAGCUUGAUUAUAGUUUAGUCUAUUGGAACUCAAGACUAGAACAUGAACAUUUAAGGUUGAUUUCACUGUUCCAGCCAGGGGAAAUUAUCUGUGAUAUGUUUGCUGGUAUAGGUCCAUUUGCUAUUCCUGCAGCUCAGAAAGGUUGCCUAGUAUAUGCAAAUGAUUUGAACCCAGACAGUAUACGAUUUCUGAAGAUAAAUGCAAGAAUCAACAAAGUUGAUGAUUUGGUUCACGCCUACAACAUGGAUGCUAGAAAGUUUAUUGCUCAAUUGAUGACAGUGCCUUUGAGUAGUCUUGAAUCUGAUAAUCAUAAAUUCGAAUCAUCUGGCAAAGAUAUGACAUCCGGAGAAGGGCAAAUUAAGCUUGAAGAUAGAAAUGUGACAGAUGAGGUGAAAGACAAAUUUGAUGAUAAUUCAUACAAGCUUGAGACUGUUGAGAACUUGUGUUCGCAGGCUAAUGCUAAUGUAAUUACAGCAAAAAGGCGUUCUGAAGAUAAUGGAACUGGUGAUGGCGCUGAUGUUGCUGUAAUUGCUAGGACAAAACACGGUUCAAAUAAACGCAUAAAAAGCUCCGAAUCGUUUACAAUCAAGCCCUGGGAGCAUGUUGAUCAUGUCAUCAUGAACUUGCCAGCCUCUGCUCUCCAAUUUCUUGAUGCAUUUAGAGGGCUUAUACAGAGGAGAUAUUGGAAGGCAUCUUUACCUUUGAUUCACUGUUAUUGCUUCAUGCGAUCAAGUGAGACAAUGGAGUACAUUGUUUCAGAGGCAGAGUCUGCACUGAAUGCUAGUAUACAGAAUCCAAUAUUUCACAAGGUUCGCGAUGUCGCUCCAAAUAAGGCUAUGUACUGCUUAAGCUUUAGAUUACCAGAGGAAGCUUAUGUCGACAUUCAUGUUACUGGCUGAUGUGACUGAUUGACAAUCAGGAUCAUGAACUUGAAGAUGGAUUUUGAGUUCCCUCUGCACCUUUUAAUUGUCACUACUUUGACAGGCAUGAUUGUUAGCUGGCUUUGAAAAUAUUCUUUGAAGAGAGAGGGCUGCAGGAAAAUCUAGGACCAUUGCUCGCAGCACUCUUGCAUCAAGCCUAUUGACGGCUUUCAGUGGCAGACAAUGGAAAAAGGUGAUCAAGAUAUAGGUACUGGAGUUGCAUGGGCAUAAAAUUUGUUGUGAUUUUCCCGGUAUCUUCUCUGUUAGUGAUUGACUCAACGGGGACUCCCCCUUAUUUCAAGAUCUUUGAGGUGUCAUGACAUGGACAUUGCUGGACGUAACUGCAGCUUGCUCCCAAGCAUGAAAUGCUUGUUUCAUUGUUCUAGGUUUCUCAGUGACUGGAAUGUUACAUAUUCUUCUGCAGAUCUUUAGAUGGGAUAGAUGAAUGGGCUAGUAUUACUUGUGAGGGGAUAAACGAAUGGGCUACUUCUUCUGGGUGUAUUUACUUGUGAAAUACGGAGAAGCGUACAAGGUGAAACUGCAUUUGAUGGGCAACUAUCCCCCCUUUUCAAGCCUUUAAAUUGAUUGUCAACAGGAUAUUGAUAGCACUUUCUGGUUCCACUCAAGGUUUCUGAGAGCCUUAAGGGCAAAACAAGGUGGUUCUGGAUAUGGAUAAAUUAAAGGUUUAGCUUAAUUUUCUAGUUA